AUGAAACAACAAAAUCUAAUUAAUGCCGCUUCGAUAAUUGCCGCUCCUUUUACCGGAGGAGUUAGUUUAAUUGGUUUAGUCGCUCCUUAUGUCUUUGGUGGAGGCGAUAAUGAGGAAGACGGAAAAAAAAGAGAAGAAGAUAGAAAAGAGCGAAAGGAACAAUAUGACGCCAUGAUGAAAAGUCACGAAAAUGCUCUUAAAGAAAGACAAACUGAGACUGAUAAACUAUUAAAAGCAAUCAAAGAAAAAAACUCGGAAGCAGAAAGGAUUACUGCCAUUCUUAAUAAUCCCAAUAGUAGUGAAGAAGAAAAGAAAAAUGCUAGAAAAAAAUUAGUGAUCUUAGAAGAUGAAAUUAGGGCUGAUAAAAAGAAAGUCCGGAAUUUAGAAGAAGAGCUAAAGAAGAUGAGAAAUAAUCCACCCACACCACCAGCUCAACCAUGA